AAGGCGGAAGGGCCGCGCGCCGGAGGUGUGUGGCCUCAGGGCAGGGCUGGCACCAUGUCGGGUGUGCUGAGCAUGCGGAGCAAUCACACCGGCUUCCAGGGUAGCGUAAAAACCUCUGCCAGUGACUUCAUCGUGACAGAAAUUGAUACCCUCGGGUGGCUGCUUAGUGAGAGCACAGCCGAGACUCUUCGUGCAUUUGGUGACACGCCUGCAGCCCCAAACAGCUGCUGCCCACAGAGCCCCCGCAGGCCCUGGCCAGAGCCUCCGGAGCUGCACAGAGAAGAGGUGCUAGGCCCAUUCGACAACCCCAGUCAUGCUCCAGAAAAUGGCCUGUCGCUAGCCAAAGGCAGCACAGAGCACAUGGCUGGAGCUGCGCCUGAAGGUGGGCGCCAUGAAGCAGGUACAUUGGACUCCUUGUUAGAUGAGUCUGUGAAUGAACUGUUGAAUCAGUUUGCUUGUAACAUAAAAGAUGGGUGGGACUCAGAACAUGAUCCAGCCACUCAUCCUGCUGAGUUCUCACUGGGGCCAGUCCUUGACAAGAGGAAUCGAGCUGAUUUACACAGCGCCAUUAGACAGAAGUUUCCUUUCUUAAUUACUGUUACAAAGAGUAAUGAAAUUAUUGUCAAAGCAAACACUGAUUACAAACAGCUCUGUCAACUAGUGUCUGAGGAGGAAGCAUUUGAUUUUUUUAAAUUUUUAGAUGCAAAACUGGAAAACUCUAAAUUUUCUUUUAAGCCUGAUGGGAAUAAGGAGCACAGAAAGGCAGUCCACCAUUUUGUCAGUCAGAAGUUUGGAAAACUUGUAGAAACAAAGUCUUUUUCUAUGACAGACUUUAAUGGUCAGCAAAAUGUAGCAAUAAUAGUAAGGUUUCGGGAGAAGAGUUGGUCAAGGAAAAGGCCGGCUGCUGAUUGCCAGGAAAAACAAGAUGUUUAUACAGGUUUUACCCUUCGAAAAGAAAAUCUGGAAACACUAGAAGCAAUUAGCUAUUUGUCUUCUGAACUUGGUGUGCUUCCUUCAGACUUCAGUUACACAGGCAUCAAAGACAAAAAGGCCAUCACCUACCAAGCUAUGGUUGUGAAAAAAGUGACUCCUGAGAGGUUGAAAGAAAUUGGAAGCACAAUUGAAAAAAAAGGAAUGAAAGUGUAUAAUAUCCAUUCAGUGUGCCAGCACCUUAGACUCGGUCAGCUGAAGGGGAACCACUUUGAUAUAAUUGUGAGAGAACUAAAACAUCAGAGCAAUGACUCUUCUGCAGAUCUGAAAGAGAGAAUAUCUGAAGCAUUUGAGAAUGUUAAGACAAAUGGUUUUGUAAACUACUAUGGACCUCAGCGAUUUGGGCAUGGUCAGAAUGUUCAGACAGAUCAAAUUGGACUGGCUUUGCUGAAUGAAGAAAUGGUAAAAGCUGUGAAGUUGUUUUUCACACCAGAAGAUACAGAUGAUCCUGUAAACCAGGCAAAGAGAUAUUUUCUUCAAAGCGAUGAUGCAAAGGGAACCUUGGCAAUGUUGCCCGAAUUUAAAGUAAGAGAGAAGAUGUUGCUUCGUGCCUUGAAUCGCUAUGGUGUAAACCAUGAGGGUUGUAUACGAGGAUGGCUCAGCAUUCCUCAUUCCAUGCGUAUAUUCUACGUUCAUGCAUAUUGCAGUAAAAUUUGGAAUGAAGCUGCAUCUUUUAGGUUUAUGACCUAUGGUUCAAAAGUAGUGGAGGGUGAUCUGGUCCUCUCUGAAGAAAAUGUUGAUGAAAAUUCUCUGAAUGACAGAGUUCACAUAGUAACUGCUCCAGAAGAGUCAGCUAACAAAUAUGCAAUACAUCAAGUGGUUCUUCCAAUGGUUGGACACAGUAUCAAGUAUCCCAAUAAUAAAGUUGGGCAGUGGUACCAUGAAAGGCUUGCCAAGGAUGGGCUGCAGACGUGCAGGUUCAGGGUGUCUGCAUUACAGCUGAACACACCUGGAUGCUACAGACACAUUUUGAAAUAUAUCCACAAUCUGUCAUAUCAUUUCUUAGAAGACAAUGAAAAGGGAAUCAAAACGGAAGAAGACAGUCACCUAAAUGUAUCUAAAGCAUCUCUUCUUUUGUCAUUUGACCUUGAUCCUUCAUGUUAUGCAACUGUUUGUCUGAGGGAAAUAAUGAAAUGUGACCUUUAGAAUGUUCAUAAU